UAAGCGUGUCUUCAGAACGUGGGGAUACUUGAGACCACGGAAAAUGACAGGCAGCCACAUUAAGUGAGAACUCAAUCUCGAUCACAUUCGUAUGACGAAGGUACAUCGGUACGGUCUACCUGAAUUAAAGCAUCUUAAAAGGGGAAAGAUCUUGCUGUCUUUUCUGAGUCCAUUCAUCUGCAUCACUCGCAUCACUCAUAUCUUCAUUCUCAUCACCCAACCGAAAACUUCAACUUUUUCCAACCUUUCUUACAUUACAUCAUUAAUCAUGUCGUUCGACCCCUCAAGACCGAUUGACGACGAGAAGGUAUGGUUCCCAAAGGGAAUGUUUGUUGAUAACCGCACCAAUUCCAGGUUUGCUUCUGACCCCGAAGACGAUGACAGAGCUUUCAUAUUCAACUCCUCUGAUAUGAAGGCUCUGAAUCGGUUCCUCGGGACAGGCAGGUUGCUCCCAACUACACGCAAUGAUUAUCUACGAUCAUUGGGUAUCUUGACUACUGAUCCAUUGAGUCUGGACCUUGGUAAAGAAGUAGAUAGUCUUGUCACGACUUACACCAAGGUAUGUUUGCAAUCAAGUGGCAAAGUCAUUUAAGGCACAUUGAUUCAAUGAUUUGCAUGAUGAGGAAUAACAUUCCGUGAGAAAGCUGGUUUAUGGGGAUACUAAUUCAUCUAUUAGAUUAAGGCAGAUUGUGUAUACUUCAGAGAACAUACAUGGCGUAACAUCGUCGACAUGGCAGCGCAGAUCAGGAUCUAUGCUACCAUGGCAGGUGGAACUGAGGAGACAUCGUACACAGUUCUCAUGCUAAAAUGGAUUGGUGAUUUUCACGACGAAAAUAACAAACCUAAGCCAGACCAAGCAAGAUUGAAGGAACUGAAAGAAGGCAUUCAAUUCGUGGUCGACGAGGAACUCAGGAUAAUCAAACAAUUGCAGGCUGGCGCACAAGAAGCAUUGGCCGGGCUUGAAAAUUUUCAUGGCCAGUGCGAGCAACACGAAUCUCACAUUAGUAUUAAUGCAACUUCACUUGACGCUCAAUUGAUCAGAGAGGGUAACGAUAUCGCGAGUAUGCAGAAGAAGAUUGAUGCCGCUCGGGCAGAAUUGGAGGAAUACCAGGCAAGGAUUGAUGACAGUAUGAAAACUUCCUUGUUCACAAGUUAUUAAAAUGAACUUGCUGACAUUACCUCGAUGGAAUGUAGAAAAUAAAGUGCUGACUGACGCUCCCAAAUAUAUGUGGGUGUAAGUUAUCUAGGAACAAUCAUUUAUUUUCAUCUCAGCUAACCCUAACUAGUUGGCCGAUCGGAACUUUCAUCGGAGUAGGGCUCGUUCAAAAUGCGAAGAACGAAAUCAAGGGUAUGAGAGAGGCCAUGGAAAAGGUUCAAGCUGUGAUGGACGAGUAUGAAGCUAAGCAUAAAACCGCAUCUCGCUUACAACUCAACAUUAUGUUUGUUAAUGUAAGUGAUCAGAUCCUAACGAGCCCAGUAUAUUUAUAAUAUUAAUAAAAUAUUUCUAGAGCCAAGUCAACAAUCUCACCGGAGAAAUCAGACCAGCAAUGCGCACUUUGGAAUUACUCCAAGGAGCAUGGAUAUCCAUGGUUACGGAUCUCGAAACCAUUAAACAAUUGAUCAAUAAUGAUACUGACAAUAUUCCUCCAAUGAUACUUGCAAAACCACAGUUGCAGAAGAUUGUUAAUGAAUGGAAUGAGUUGAGAGAUUUCGGUAUGUUUUUUUUUGUGUUUCAUUUGUUUUUUUUGUUUUUAGAUAUAGGGAUGAUUAUUAAUGUUGUCUUGUGUGUAGCGAGCAAUUAUAUUCAGAACUCGUAUCUGAGCGAAUCGCCGGAAAAUGUUAGUGUGGAGCAGUAUAUUCACCAAUUGGAAACUCGAGUUUUCGUCGCCACGAGAUGUUAGGUUGUAUAUGUUGGUUGGUGUUUAUUUACUCUCUAUAGGAUGAGAUGCAGCUAAAAAAAAAAUAUUGUU